GGGACAGUGGCCGGAGCUGCUGCCGGGAGCGGAGCCGGCCACGCGCAGGGGGAGGAGGGCGCCCCGGGUGGACGCGCGCGUGCUGGCCUGGGGAGUCGCGAGUGGGGACUACUUUGGUUUUACCUUCGUGUACUUCGUGUGCCUAGCACAGUGCAUGGUGCAUAUUAGGUGAAGGAAUUGAGGUCCAGAAGUGAAGUUAUAAACCUCAAUUCAUCCAAGACAACCAUUACAGAAUCAAAAAUCGAACCCGGUCUUCUGGCUCCAAAUUCCAAUUCUAUUACUUAUUCCUGUUUGACUUUGGACUAGCUCACAGACCCCUACAGAGCUGCUGGUCAGGAUGGAUGAAGAGCUCCUGCCCAAUUCACAUGUGCUCAUCAGUGACAGUAAAUCAAUUCUGAAAUCAGAACUCUUAUCUUUGCUAAAAACAUACAAUUGUUAUCAUGAAGGAAGAAGCUUCCAGCUGAGACAUCGAGAGGAAGAAGGCGAGCUCAUCAUAGAAGGGCUACUCAAUAUAUCCUGGGGACUGAGGCGACCCAUCCGACUCCAGAUGCAGGACGAUAAUGAGAGAAUUCACCUCUCUACAGCCCCGUGGAAAAAAGACCCGCCUAGUAUAAGCCAAAAGGGACUUCACCAGGGUGCCAGAGACACCAUUGAAGAGCCAAGCCCUCAUGCUGUGGUGAACCCAGAAAGCUCUGGCACUGACUCAGCAGAUCCUAUAAAUGGUGAGGAGGAGACCCCACAGCUCAUGAGGACAAAAAGUGAUGCAAGUUGCAUGAUUCAACGAAGAUCAAAAUGCCGCACACUGGGAGAAGCUCAGAAGAUAAAGCGGCAUAGAUUCUCAAUCAAUGGGCAUUUCUAUAACCACAAGACCUCAGUGUUUACUCCUGCCUAUGGCUCCGUGACCAAUGUGAGAGUCAACAGCACCAUGACAACUGUCCAAGUGCUGACCCUGCUUCUGAACAAGUUUAGGGUUGAAAAUGGCCCCAGCGAGUUUGCACUCUAUGUAGUUCAUGAAUCAGGGGAACGGACAAAAUUAAAAGACUGUGAAUAUCCACUAAUUUCAAGAAUCCUACAUGGGCCAUGUGAGAAAAUCGCCAAAAUAUUUCUGAUGGAAACAGACUUGGGAGAAGAAGUUCCUUAUGAUGUCGCUCAGUACAUUAAGUUUGAAAUGCCGGUGCUGGACAGUUUUGUUGAAAAAUUAAAAGAAGAGGAGGAAAGAGAAAUAAUCAAACUGACUCUGAAGUUCCGAACUCUCCGCCUGAUGAUGUUGCAGCGCUUGGAACAGCUGACAGAGCCAGAAGAACUGGCGUAGCAUCUGGUUUCCAGGAUGACCAGGGUAGCAGUGUUGGAAUGUGGAAAAGUCUACAGGAUGCAACCACCUGAAGCCAAUCAGCUUUGAUCUUUGAUACUCGUCCUCUAAUUGCCACUUAAACCAAAUCCCCAGAACUGGGGGAUGGACACUCUAUUUAUCUGUAUGGCACUAACACCUUGUCUCUUGCUAUUAACCACAUUGCUAGAGUCUCUGGAGUUGUUCCCUCAUCACUGUGGGGACCAGAGCAGACCUUAGGGGAAAGGGAACUUUCAGAUAAGGUACCUAUAGCUGGCAUCUUGCUUUUGCAAGAGGAUUCCUCAGAGUUUGGCACAACCCCCUGAUUGCCUAGUAGUGGGGAUUAGGAGUAGGCCACAUGCUAUAUGUGGGGAAGAGUGAUAGGAGGUAUAUGAAUCUCUAACUGCCUCAUAGUGGCAGGUGCCUGAGCGUCGGGUGUAUAAGGUCAGCCCAUCUAUUCUUAGCUUUGGGUAAUGUCUCUGAAUAACCUGUCCCCACUGGUCCUUUUGUCACCACAAGGGGCUGGUGUGUACAUCACAUAAUUUGUGCUCUCUCCUGUUGCCUGUGGAUUAUGAAUUCACCAUAACUCACAUAGUGUGGGUCUGCUGCCAUAGUGGAAAACACCAGCCUCACUAGUGGUUGAUAGAGACGACUUUGAAAUACAGGUAUUUGUAACAACAAAAAUUCGGCCUUGGGUACUAGGCUGUCAUGAAUCUCUUUAGUACGAACCUGAAAAUCAGUCAUUUAAAUUUCUCUUCCCCACUCCCUCCCAGCCCCUGCCUGCCCCACCCAAAAAAAAACCCAAUCAUACAGAUGUUCAUUUCAGUCCAGGCUCUUUACAAAAGCAAUGAGAUUUGUGGAACAUGAAUUGGGUUGUUUUGGCCACUUUUAAAAGGGUGUUGCCGCUCUGUUAGCAUGGGUGUAGGUCCAUGGGAAGGACUAGUUUACACAAUGUGCCCAGAUAACCAUAAGACAAAAUACUAAAUGAGAAGGGUGCAAAACUCGGAGAGGUGCAAAACGAAGUGCUUUCUGUGGCCCAGGUUGAAGAUGAUGCCCAGGGGCAUGUAACUACUAUUUCUACCUCUGUAACAGUGAGUAUAAUGCUUAUUAAUUCCUUCAAAGUGACAUUUAAGCCAUGAAUGCUUGCAAUGGGAGAAAAGGGCUUUAAGUCCCCAGGAGACACAAUGCUGAAGAAAUCUUGUAUUUUUCUGUUAAGGAAAAAUUCUGGGAAUGAAAUGGCCUUUGCGAAAAUAUGCAGUUGCAGGGAACAGCCACUGGAAAUGCUUGGUCAAAAUAGAACCAAACCUAUAGCCUAGAUUCCGCUUUUGGGACCAGAUCUCGUGACCUGGCUCCCCAGCCAUCUUCUAACCCUUUCCCCUAAUAAGCGGAUAAGAAAUGGAUUCUGAGAGUCAACAAGCAUUUGUUAAGCACAUAAUGGUCAUAAUUGUCUUCUUUGCACAUAAAAGUUACAUCCCAAGAUCAGCUGAAACUCACUGGUCCUGGCAAUGUACUGAAGAAAUUUAGAAGAAAUCUGGGUGCUUUUUUUAAAACCAGAUCUGUGAUUUCUUCACUUUAGUAAAUUCCCUCUUCUAAGGCAGUUAAAUAUCUCCUCUGAAGGUUAUAAUUUAAGGGAAUUAGUUGCCUAGGUCACUGAGACAUUAAAUUACUUGUCUAGGCUCCCAUAGACAAUACCUUUUAGUAUCAGGACUUGAUUUCAGUUCUUCUUGACCUUGGGGUCAGCUCACCAACUAUAAUGUUUGAUCACCUCUCUGUGUACACUUAUGACAUAAAAAUUCCAUUCUGCAUCUGUGUCCCUGUGCCUGAUGUAGAGCACUUCUGGUUAUGUUGAACCAGUAAAAGUUGAGAAUAUUUAUUUCAAUAUUUUCCAGAAACCUGUUCUGCUCUCAUACUAUGCAACCUGUGAAUGAGAUCUAGGGGUUAUCCUAGAUGAGUUUUUAUUAAGAGACUCAAGGAGCCUCUCUCUCAGUGAAUAUGGAGGAAUAAUAGCUAAGAGAGCACACUUUUUAAAAUUAUUGUUAGUUUGUGCAUGUCACCUUGUUCCUUGGACCUUCGGGCCUCCCCCCACAGUAUGGGUGUUGAACAAUGUUUGGCAGCUAAAUCCAUUUCUGCUUCCUAUUAAAGACAAAAUAUAAUCUCUUAGCAUUCCCAUGUACAUUUCCAUCAGCUGGACUGAAUCUAUAGGCUUUAUUGGAGAGAAGAUAUCUAGAAUUAACCGUGGUUUGUAGAGGAGGUAAGUGCCCUGUGAGAUUCCAAGCACUGGAAACUUACUGCAAAGACUGGCCUUUGGGUUUGGGGGCUUCCUCUAAUUUCUCUUAUUUUUUCCUCUCUUUUUUUUCUACUGCAUACGAUCCAUUUGUUAAAAUUUUAGAAAAAGUAGCCAAGAGAAGCCAAAUAGAGAACUGCUUUCUUCCUCUACAAGUUUGAAUGUGAAUAUAGCUGUUUACUACACACAUACAAAUAAAGCUUUGAUAUUUUUCU